CCCUGCACAUCUCACUCCUCCCCACUCAAUCCUUCCCACUGCAGGGAGCUGCUGAGGAGCUGUGUGAUCCAUCCCGGGAUUCUCCAAGCACUGACUGCCAUCCACUCUGACCACAGCCAGGGACCACAUCCCACUGCCUGCCCAGUGUCCAUCCAUGGAGGUGACCACCGUGUUCCCAUCUCCUGCCUCACCCACUGAAGGGGACAAUCUCUGUGAGAUAGAUGUCACUGAUGUGGCCAUAGAUGGUGUCACGCUGCUCAUCUGCCUCUGUGGGCUGGUCGGGAACGGGGCUGUCCUCUGCUUUCUCCAAAGGAAUCCCACCACCUUCUACAUCAUCAACCUGGCCUUCGCCAACUUCACCUUCCUUCACUUCGCGGUCCCCUCCUCCCUGCUCUACCUGCUGGAGAACGUGUCCUGCUCCACUGUUGUGUCCCUAAAGUACCUGAGGUCCCUUUUCCUGCUCUCCCUGUUCUCCUACAACCUGGGGCUGUACCUGCUGACAGCCAUCAGCAUCGAGAGGUGUGCCUCGAUUCUCUUCCCCCUCUGGUACCUCUGCCGCCGUCCCAAGCGCCUGUCCUGGGUGGUGUGUGCCCUGCUCUGGGCACUCUCCAUCGCUGUCAUUGUCACGGUUACUUCCCUGUGCCUGUCACAGGAGCACGAGCACUGCCAGGGGUCUCUCAUCUCCAUGUACACCCUCAACCUCUUCCUCUUUACCCCAGCCAUGCUCAUUUCCACCACAAUCCUCUUCAUUAAGGUCCAGUGCGCCUCCCACGAGCAACAACCCAAGAGACUCGACAUUGUUAUUUUCCUCUUUGUGCUCUUGUUCCUCCUCUUUGCUCUCCCCCUCAGCCUCUCCAACUUCCUGCAGCAGCUCGGGUACAUCGUCGUGUCCUCCCAGGUUGUUUUCCUGCUCGCCUGCAUCCACAGCACCAUCAACCCCUUCAUCCACUUCCUGGCAGGGAGGUGCUGGCGGCAUUGCUCCGUUUGGUCCCUCCGGCUCUCCCUCCAGAGGGUCUUUGAGGAGCCAGAAGAAAGCAAUGCCCAUGGCACUGAUCCUGCCAUGGACACAGCCGUCCCAGCCUGCUGAUCCCUUCCACUGCUCUGCUGAAGGACCCCGGGACAGUGCCUGAGGGCUUCCUCGACUCACCUGAUUAAUAAACAUCCAUGGUAUCUCCCUCCCUGUGGUGGUGUAAUCACGCAGGAGUAGAGAGCAAGGGCGGUGUCAAGGGCCAUGUGGGAGGGAUGCUGUGCAGGGAGCACAUUAGAGCAUGGCUUUCCUCCUCUCUCACGGGUCCUAGAACGCAAUUCCCCAAAAGGAAUCAUGCCCCACAGGGCUGUGAUCCCCAAAUCCCCCGUGGCACCUGCUGCCUGCAUCCCACUGCGGUCUGAUAUCAAUAAACAGCAUCGUGAACCCUGA